AAUCGGUCAACAGAGCAAAACAAAUGAUCCACCGAUUCUUUACAUUGUUGUAACCUGUCAUGUUAUUCUGAAGUGUGUGGUAUUGUUCUAUUGUUAUCAUAUUAUGUUGGUUUUUCGACUUCCUAUUGUUCUAUUGUUUAAGAAAGUAACUCAGCCCAUGUUGCUUGGAGUGAGUUGGAAAAGUUUACCAGAAAACAACACGUUAGCCAUGGCAAAGUUCUGCUAACUGGUAGCCCGAAUGGAAGUUCGAGAACAACCUUGGAAAGAUGACUAGCUUCCUCGAUGGCAAGAAGGGGCGCAGUUUAGACAACAUUAUAGCAAAGCUUUCCAAAGUAAAAAGCUCAAGAAAAGGAGACAGAAUUCUACUGAUUUCUGAAAAGAAUAAUGCUUGUUUGUCGUUGUCAUCAGACGAGGGUGAAGAUGGAGACUCGGACCUUCAUCAAUGUGGGUAUUGUAAAGAGAUGUUUACUAAUCUUACCCUUUACAUCAGUCACAAAAUCGAAAGGCCUUGUCGAACAGGUCCAGCUGGUAAAAAUCACCAAUGGAAUAACGAUGAAAUGGAAGCUGAAAAUGAAGAGAAAGAAAGAGGAAUAUCAAACAAGGAAUCAAAGAUCGAGAAUGAUCUAAUGCAGGAUUACCACAAAAAAAAACAUGAUCGAAAAGGAAUGGCCCGCAAACUUAACAUGGCUGAGUUUGAAAACUCAGUUGUCCCACAUGACGAUUUGAGAGUUGUAGAUAGUGAAAACCCGAUAAUAGUUGUUGAACCGAACUCAGAUAGACGUUUUGGUAACGAAAGUGAUAUAACUGAUACCCGGUCUGGAAGCAAAAGUUUUGGAAGAGAACCUAUUUCUCCACUGAAACAAAAAGAGUCCGAUGAUUCUCAGACAACCAGUCGAAAUAUGCCAUACCUUGAAAGGAUUCCAAGCUACGCAUUUGAUAGUCCAACAAUGUAUCCGCACCUUGGAGUGCCCGGUUUUCUUCCUAGAAAUACGGACAGGCCGAUACCAAACCAUGGGAAUGAUGUAGAGGCUGAGAACCAUUAUAGGGAUAGAGUAGGAAUAAAGAAUUACGAACGAGACUCUAGAGAGCCAUGGUCUUUCUCUAAAAAACACCCUUCACCGUUCCGAGGUUCAGGAGAGCUUCCGAGUCCUUAUGGCUCAUAUGUUCAUUCAAAUCUGUACACACCGCCCUAUAAUAUGUCUUAUCCUCACCCAUAUUCAAGAUAUUCAAAUAUACAGACAACGCAGGCUAGCGGGAAAGUCUGUUGUUCAUCUGCAUAUACCGUACCCGCCCAUUAUCCACCGGACCUAUAUACGAUACCAAUAGAAGAAUACAACAAAUCAAUGUAUGGAAAAGGCCCGUCCCAACCUGGAAACAGUGCCUCAGCUGAACCGGAUAGAGAGAAGGUUUCCAAAGAGUGGACACCAACUAAGGUUCCAAACAGUCUUGAUCAACCCGACCAAGUCCGAGCGCAGUCUUCAGAUGACAAGGAUGGAUCACGAAACGACGAGGUUCAAGAAACCGAAGCAGAUGGCAAAGAUCCGGCUGAAAAAGAACAGAAGGAUGAGGGUAAUGAAGAAGAGGAGACAGCUUCCCAGAUGACUGAAGAAAGUCAAUCUGCAAACAACAGCGAAGCACAAAGAAUAUGCUCAAAGGAUAAUAAUAUAUUGCCAUCACCUUCAAGUCGGCUAGAAAUGCAGGAGUCGAAUAGCCAAGUUGGAAGUUCUAGAAGUGUUGGCUCAACACCGUCGCCUUCUGAAAGUCUCAUAAGUUCUUCAAAUCAGAGUGGAGAGCAAAUCGUUUCACCUUCACAAGAGUACGAGCCUGGAACUUUUCAGUAUCCAGACGAUGACACUUCAAAGCAAAGUGCAGAACCCGAGUCUCCGAUCCGUUCAAUCUCUGGUGCGGAUUGUGAUGUUUCGUCACCCAGGGCUAAACAGAGUUCAAGUGACCCUGCACUAAGAGGCAGCGAAAACAUAACUCCACAAGAUAUGCGACCGUCAUUUAUUCAAACGAAAAGAAAAAAUUCAGCCGAGCUCCCGUCAUUCGAGAGACCAGCAGAAGCCUUUCAAGGGGACACAUCGCCUCCAAAUGAUCCAUCAUGGCGCCAUUCUAAGCAGGUUUAUCGAUGUCCGCUUUGUGCUAAGAUAUUCCCAUUCAAAAGCAAGCUUCAGCGACACGUUCUUGUUCAUACUGGAAUUAAACCAUACAAAUGUAAUGUUUGCGGUCGUGGAUUUACACAGCAAAUAGACUUGCAACGUCACCUCACAAGACAUACAGGAGAAAAACCCUUUAAGUGUCAUUUGUGCAAAGCGCAGUUCAUCAGGGCUGACAACCUCAGGAAGCAUGCUAAAGAUACACAUUUUGUCAAUAUCGAAGAGCCUAUUCGAAAACGCAGACGGAAAACAACUGGCAGUGACACCGUAUUGCCACCUUUGGAGGUUGCAAUCGCAAUGGCAAUCAACGAGACGGAAAAGAACGGCGGGCGCGUUCUUGGUCGUGCUGGCAACCGUGGCAGUCGUACUGCGCGCAAAGAUAGGAUGCCGUCGGUAGAUGACGAAGAAAGACGCUCAGAUCAAUCGAACGAAGCAUUCUCCAGACCAACCAUGGGCACAGUACCUUCACAUCAGUAUCCUGUUGGGCCACCUACAAUGGGCUUCCCCCCUCAUGGACCGGGGAUGCCCCCGUUCCCAAGAAUGCCUUCGGAUAUGUAUGACCCUGGAAUGCACGACAGAGGGUCUCCCCCACCUAGGCUUCCGCAUCCACCAAGGUAUCACCCUGGCUCUAUGGUGUUUCAGCCGCGAACCGAUAGAUUUAUGGAGAGACCAUACUUUGGAAGGCCAUCUGGUGAUGUGCCUUCGAUGUACUGGGCAUCACAACCCAGACACACGAUGAUCUCGCAUGGUGAAUUGCCUCCCCAUGUGCAGGCUCGGGAGCGGUUCAAAAGUGAUGCCUCCGAAAGUGCCUCUAGUGUGUUUGAAACUAGAGAUGAUAUGAUGAAGCAUGAAAGGCCGCUGCCGGUUUCAAGAAACGAUGAAAAGUAUUCAAUGUGUUCAUCAAAUGACAUGCGAACAGCGGAUAGUCCUUUGCCAAUACCAGGGCGAGGAGAGCCAGAGAGGCUAGGACCAUUACCAGAUGAUGCUAACAACGGUCCAACCAAGAGUUUACCUCCUGGACCUCCUGAUAUGUUUCAUCGAAGUUCCAGCGGAAGACCAAUUUAUCCACCCGAAGAGAGAGGUCAGCAUAUUGCAGAAGAAAGAACUGUUCAUAUUCUUGACGAGCGUGGUCGUUUUGCACAGGAAAGAGCUCGUUCUGCCGAGGACAUAUUAAAACCUCCUAGUGAAUCAUCGCCUCGACAUCAUUCACCGAACCACGUAAGCGAAGACAGGGUUCCUAGAGGUCCUGAUGAAAGACCUCCUUUUUCAGGUGAUGAGAGAUUUAAUAUUUCACCUCAAAGAUCUUAUGCUCCUACCAGCGGUCCACAAUCAAUUGGUCGUCAUAUGGAGCCUGACGAACGUUCUAUCAUGCAUGUUGAAGAACGCAAUUCGUCGUCCAUUGCUCCCCCUUACUCUGGAGAAAGUAGAUUGCACCUGCGUGUGCAGGAUAGCUGGAGAGGAUACGACUUAAAUAAUAAAGACCACAGUACGUUAAACGCUGGCUCCCCAACUGCUGACAGUUUUAUAAAACCAAAGAAUGAAAGUCCAAGCGAGAAAACAAAUGGAUAUAGGACUAAGGUGGAGGAAAUGACUGCGGCACCUAGCUAGUGUUUAGUAUACGGUAGCAAUAUUAGAAUGUUUAGUAUAGCAUAAACAAUGAGUCGAGGAUGGAACAUCUCGCCUGUAUAUAUGGUUUCAAUGGGUAAUAAUGUUAUAAUAUAUAUAUAUCAAAUUGACACACUGACAGUCUUUUGCAGUGCAGUUUUAGCGUCUCCUCAACAGGUCUCUUAGGCAAAUAAGCCAUUGAGAUAUCCACCUUUUCUUCUCAUGCUAUAUGAGCAACUUGAUAUAUAAUCGAUGAUUAUAACAAGAUCAAUGGAUCAGCAUUAACGAGCAUCUUGAUGGUUAGAAUGGAGCUCGCUGUGAACUGCCUUGUUCUAGAAUGAUUCGUCAGUUGUUGUACCUGUUAUGACAGUUUUACCCUCAAUCAUGUGUUCAUAAUCUUUUCGUAUUUAUUAAAAUCACAAAUUUAAUUAAUUAAAUCAUAUAAACAAAUAAAUGUAUCCCUUUUAAGAUUUUUUGUAGAUAGAUACGUGUGGCUCAGUUUUACCAAUUAGUGAAAGUUUUCUUUGCUAUGAGGGACUAGUGCCAACUAGUUAAUUUCCAUAAAGCAAAGAAAAAAUUUCAUUGAAAGAUUGCACAACAUUGCUUUAAUUUUACCAAACGACGACGUCAUAAAUUUUCAGGAAAAACCCUCAUUGGGUGCUAAACUGACGCACGUAUCUAUCGGCAACAUGAUUUCAAAAAUAGGCAUUUUAUCAAGCAGGGUCUAUGAAAGUUGAAAGUAAACCGUGAAAGUUUAUUUAUUGUUAUUUUUUUAAUUAAUCAAUAUGUUUUUAUGGAGAUUUAACACUGUAAAUUAUAACUAUUUUAAGGCAAUUAGCUAGCCAAGAUUGGAGUUAUAUUUCAUUUUAAAACCCGCCCUCCCUUUAUUCGUUUCAACCAUAUCUGCUACUAGAUUACACUUGUAAAAUCCCGGCCUUUUAAAAAUGACAUCCUUAAGCUGCAAUCAUGAAGAAAUAUGAAUCUUGAAUCCCAAGCAAUCAUCCAUCGGCAUUUGGCCAAUCAAACUCGAAAUCACUCAAUCAAUCCUUAAUGAUUUGAUUGAAAAAGCUAUACAGUUCAAGCUGAAGUGACAAUUAGCUUUAAUUAAUUUUCAUCAUAGAAAGUUAUGGGACGAUAUAGAUUCCCCAUAUUUGUUUUCCCAUGAUUAAACAGCGAUGUCAAAAUAGUACUCAUAUUUAUAUUCUCAAGAAAAUAUAUGACUGUUCUAAUCGAUCCAGCGAAUUAUUAAAAAGUCAUUCGGCCAAACGAUGGUGUAGAUUCUUAAGCAAAUAUCUCCUUUAUACCAUAUCAUGCACGCCAUGUUUUAGUUUGUUUAUAAUUGGUUGUAAGGAUUUAUUAAAGUAAAACAGAAAUUUUUCGUUAUUAGGAAUAGAAUUCUUUAAAUUUAGUUCAAAGUUUCACCCUUUCCACUUGCCUUUCUUAACACUAGAUUAGCAGCAGCCUUUUAUUUUAAAUAGAAAUUGCCUAUAUGUUAGAUAAGCUUUCAUUGCCUAUGACGACAAGCUUCGUCAGUAUUAGCUAAACCUACAGCAUAUUCGUAGCUCAGAGAUUUGCCUGCAGAUAUUUAAAAAGAAUCGGUCUAACUUAAA